GGCGCGCGCUCUGCUGCUGCCUCCGCGCCCGGUUGCUUCUGCCAUGGAGGAUAUUUAUGCAAAGUUUGUGUCUCAGAAAAUCAGCAAAACCCGCUGGCGACCGGUACCUGCCGGGAGCCUGCAGACCGCGGAUACCUUCGCUGCGGGCUCUUGGGACAAUGAGGAAAAUUAUGUUUCACUGUGGUCUAUUGGAGAUUUUGGGAACUUGGACUCCGAUGGAGGGUUUGAAGGAGACCAUCAGUUACUGUGUGGUAUCAGACACCAUGGUGAUGUAAUGGAUUUACAAUUUUUUGACCAGGAAAGAAUUGUAGCUGCUUCAUCAACAGGAUGUGUAACAGUUUUCCUUCACCAUCCAAAUAACCAGACUCUGUCAGUCAGCCAGCAGUGGACAGCAGCUCACUACCACACAGGCCCAGGAAGUCCUUCCUAUAGCAGUGCGCCCUGCACAGGUGUUGUGUGCAACAGCCCAGAAAUUGUCACAGUUGGAGAAGAUGGUCGAAUAAAUCUCUUUAGAGCUGAUCACAAGGAGGCUGUGAGAACCAUAGACAAUGCAGAUAGCAGUACACUCCAUGCUGUAACCUUCCUUCGAACUCCUGAGAUUCUUACAGUAAAUUCAAUUGGGCAGUUAAAAAUAUGGGAUUUCAGAAAACAAGGAAAUGAGCCUUCUCAGAUAUUAUCACUGACUGGUGACCGAGUGCCCCUCCACUGUGUUGAUAGACAUCCCAACCAGCAGCAUGUUGUAGCUACUGGUGGCCAGGAUGGAAUGCUGAGUAUUUGGGAUGUUAGACAAGGUACUAUGCCUGUGUCUCUGCUGAAGGCUCAUGAAGCUGAAAUGUGGGAAGUUCACUUUCACCCAUCCAACCCAGAUCAUCUAUUUACUUGUUCUGAGGAUGGAUCCCUCUGGCAUUGGGAUGCCUCCACAGAUGUACCUGAAAAAUCAUCACUGUUUAACCAAGGAGGAAGAAAUAGUACUUUUUUGUCUCACAGCAUUAGUAACCAGGCUAAUGUUCACCAGUCUCUUAUAAGCUCCUGGCUCAGCACUGAUCCUGCAAAAGACCGUAUCGAAAUCACAAGCUUGCUUCCCAGCAGGACUUUGUCUGUGAACAGUUUGGAUGUUUUAGGUCCUUGUCUUGUUUGUGGAACUGAUUCUGAAGCCAUUUAUGUUACUAGACAACUUUUUUCAUGAAAAUACUAUAAUCACAAGAUUUCAGGUAAAGCAUAUUGUUAGCCUUUCAAGUUACAACUUCUAUGCAAGUUUUUGGGAAAUGCGAAAUUUGCGGAGGAAGCUUCAGUAAACUCUUGUUAAUGUCGAUGCUCUGUUUUGGCUUUUGUCGGUUGAAUGUUUUCUUCAUAGUUGCAGAGUCAGAUAGAGGACUCCUGUCAAGAGAACUGGAAUCUGUGGAAGAAUAUCAGAGGGAUCUUUUUGCUGAUGUAUACACCAUCUUCAAACAGGUUUUUCUCACGGAACAUGCUUUUCAUGUUGUGGGACUGUCUCUCAGUUUUAUAACAGUAUGGGGGAUCUUACCCACCCACCCCCAUUGGCACUAGCCAAUGUUAAUGUUUAUCCUUUUUAUUACAGAUAUUUUCUUUAAUCUUUUCACACUUUAUUUCCUUAAUAAGUUUAAUAAACUUCAUAAAGAAUUGAGUUCAAGAAAAAUGACAAGUUUUGUAGUGUUCACAUUUUUUUAAAGGUUUUUUUUUAAAGGAAAGUGUUUGGACAGGUUCUUCUAUUAGAGUAGAUUUGAACAAAAUUCUGUCAACUGCUUAGACCCAACUACAUUUUUCCUAAGGGUUUUUGCUUUUAUUUCAUUUCACAACAUAAUUAUUGCUGACCUGGACAUUGUGCAAUAAAAUAGAAUUUGGUAUUAAUAAGUAAGCUGGCUUCCAAACUACAAUUUGAUACAUAACAUAAAUGAGACUAGUAUGGUGAUGUUGUAAGAGUAAAGAAUUUUGCUGUCUUUGUCCUUAUCUACAAUGUUAAUGAUAACCUAACAUUUGAGUUAGGGUUUUUGAGUAUAAUUGACACAAUGUUACAUUAGUUUCAGGUUAAUAUGUAGUGCUUACAGACAGUUUUGUGCCAUUGUCUUUCCAAAGUUAAAUAUGUUACUGAAUGUGAAAACCUUAAUGACAGAUCACUGCUAUUCUGCUAUUAAAGUGUGCAUUCAUUUA